CGCAGAAGUAUCACUACUCCAAGCCGAGAAUCCGACGGCCACGGUCUCAACUAUCCAGAAGAUCAACAAGCUCAUCCGCAACAUGAACGACACUGCCGACGUGAUCAUGCUCAUCCCAGCUAUCGACCAGAUCGCCGUGGUUGGCUGGGGCGACGCGGCCUGGGCAGCCAUAGUUACUGGCGAAAGCAGCACAAGUGUGGAGGUCCAGAUGAUGACAGAGACCUUAGACGAGAUCAGUUAUGUGCGACUGUUCAUAAACGAGCUGGAGUGCGGCCCAGCGGACUACACCUCGAAGCAGCACGUGAACGACGCCAUCUCAGCCUGCCCUGGCAGCCUAGUCACAAACGGGAAGUCGGGAUACGACGCGUUCGAGAAGAGCGAGUCGACUGGUCUUGGACUACGCGACAAACGGACGCGUAUCGAGUGUCCUGGCAUCCGACAGCAGAAGGAGCAGACGGCCCUCCAGAUAGGUAUUGACACGCUCAAUCAUGGCAAGCCUCUAUCCGACGAUGACGGAGAUGCAAUCCUGGAGGCCCUAGUCUACUUCGCCCGCGACAAUCCCUACGAGCAGCAGUACCCUGCCGGAGACAUGGCCCUAUUGAGCACG